UAUAUACAUUUUUAAAAUUAAUAUUUUUGAUCUCAAAUUCUCUAUUUAUUAUUUAUUUAGUAAUCGAAUUCGAUAUAGUUUCAGGCCAGCACAAUAAUAGAAAUUAUUAUUAUCAGAUUUGUAAGCAUAUAGAAAUGAAUGUUGCAAUUCGAUGAACCGAUUAGGUGUUAGCAAUGGCAAACUUGAGAAACUCUCCGCCUGCAAUUCGGGCACUGGGAAAGGUGUUUCCCUGGCUGAAAUGUAACUUUGUCAGAAAAAAAUGGUGUUCCUCCAUAGUGAAGCACAAUGCAAUACGAUCGAUCCUGGUUGCCAAUAGAGGGGAAAUAGCCAUUCGAGUGUUCCGAGCCUGCAAUGAGCUGGGCAUCAAGUCUGUUGCCAUUUACUCAGAAAUGGACAAAAUGCAAAUGCAUCGUCAGAAGGCGGACGAGGCAUAUAUGGUCGGCAGGGGCCUGGCUCCGGUGGAAGCUUACCUCAAUAUUCCAGGGAUCAUAAACAUUUGCAAGGAGAACGACAUUGAUGCAGUGCAUCCCGGCUAUGGUUUCCUCUCCGAGCGCAGCGACUUUGCCCAGGCCGUUAUCGAUGCGGGACUCCGCUUUAUCGGCCCAUCGCCCCAAGUUAUGCAAACCAUGGGUGAUAAGACUGCUGCGCGUAUUGCGGCUAAAGAAGCGUGUGUUCCCACAGUCCCCGGCACAGAGGGCCCGGUUACCACUGAGGAGGAAGCUUUGGCGUUUUGCCAAAAGCAUGGCCUGCCUGUCAUAUUCAAGGCAGCACACGGCGGCGGCGGCCGUGGCAUGCGUAUCGUUCGCAACAUGGAAGAAGUUAAAGAGAAUUUCGAACGUGCCAGCUCCAAGGCACAGGCAGCCUUUGGCAAUGGUGAACUAUUCAUUGAGAAGUUAAUAGAACAUCCGCGUCAUAUAGAAGUUCAAAUAUUGGGCGACCAUGCUGGCAACAUAGUGCAUCUAUUUGAACGCGACUGCUCUAUUCAGCUUCGACAUCAGAAACUCAUUGAAAUAGCACCUGCUCCUCAAUUACCUGUUGAAAUUCGCGACAAGAUGACCGAGGCAGCAAUCCAGAUAUCCAAGCAUGUUGGAUACGAAAAUGCUGGCACGGUGGAGUUCUUGUGCGAUGAAUCUGGCAACUUCUACUUCAUCGAAGUGAACGCCAGGUUGCAGGUGGAGCACACAGUGACUGAGGAGAUUACCGGCAUAGAUUUGGUUCGGUCUCAGAUACGCAUUGCCGAGGGUAUGACACUUGAGGAACUGGGACUCUGCCAAGAGAACAUUGUUCCGCGUGGCUUUGCCAUUCAGUGCCGCGUAACCACUGAAAAUCCUGAGCAAGGCUUUCAGCCUGACAUGGGACGCAUCGAAGUUUUCCGUUCCGGCGAAGGCAUGGGCAUACGAAUAGAUGGCGCCUCGACUUAUCCUGGAGCUAUCAUAUCGCCCCACUACGACUCGCUCCUUGUCAAAGUGAUAUCCUAUGCUAUUGACUUUCAAGUUGCUGCAUCCAAAAUGAGCCGAGCAUUGCGCGAGUUCCGUAUUCGUGGAGUCAAGACGAAUAUUCCCUUUCUCCUUAGUGUUUUGAACAAUGAGAGGUUCUUGAAUGGUACAUUGGAUACUCACUUCAUAGAUGACCAUCCGGAGCUCAUGAGAUCCUCAAUCUUUGUUCGAAAUCGCGCACAAAAAUUUUUAACGUAUUUGGGUGAAGUUGUGGUCAAUGGAUCCCAAACGCCAUUGGUUACAUAUCUAUGGCCAUCCCAGAUCAUCCCAAAAGUACCCGAAAUACCAACAGUGCCGCAUCCACCACCGGGUCUACGUGAAGUCUUUACCUGUGAAGGUCCCCAAGCGUUUGCCAAGGAGGUGCGUUCCCGAAAGAACCUACUCCUGAUGGACACCACUUUCCGCGAUGCUCACCAAUCUCUGAUGGCCACGCGUGUGCGCACUCAUGACUUGCUCAAAAUAUCACCCUAUGUGGCGCACAAGUUUAACAAUCUGUACUCACUCGAGAACUGGGGUGGAGCCACCUUCGACGUAGCUCUACGGUUUCUACACGAGUGCCCAUGGGAGCGCCUGGAGGAGAUGCGCAAGCGCAUUCCGAACAUACCAUUCCAAAUGCUGUUGCGCGGCGCCAAUGCCGUUGGCUACACCAGUUAUCCAGACAACGUGGUCUACAAGUUCUGCGAACUGGCGGUGCAAACUGGCAUGGAUAUUUUCCGAGUGUUUGACUCCCUUAACUAUUUGCCGAACUUGAUCCUCGGCAUGGAGGCGGCAGGUAAGGCAGGUGGUGUUGUGGAGGCGGCCAUCUCCUACACAGGAGAUGUAAGUGAUCCCAAGAGAACAAAGUACGACCUGAAGUACUACACAAACUUGGCCGAUGAACUUGUCAAGGCGGGAACUCAUGUCCUCUGCAUCAAGGACAUGGCGGGUCUGUUAAAGCCAGAGUCGGCUAGGUUGCUGAUUACUGCCAUCCGCGACAAGCAUCCCGACGUGCCAAUUCAUGUCCACACUCACGACACUUCGGGUGCUGGUGUUGCGUCUAUGCUCUCGUGUGCUCAGGCCGGAGCUGAUGUUGUAGACGUGGCUGUCGACUCGAUGUCUGGAAUGACCUCCCAGCCAAGUAUGGGAGCGGUAGUUGCAUCUCUUCAGGGUACUCCCUUGGACACACAGCUGGACCUAGGAGAUGUUUCCGAGUAUUCGGCGUACUGGGAGCAAACCCGUACUCUCUACGGACCAUUCGAAUGCACCACCACGAUGAGAUCAGGAAAUGCUGAUGUCUACCUGAACGAAAUACCCGGUGGCCAAUAUACCAAUCUGCAAUUCCAAGCGUUCUCCCUAGGUCUAGGUGAUAUGUUUGAGGAUGUCAAGAAGGCUUACCGGGAAGCCAAUUUCGUGCUGGGCGACAUAAUUAAGGUCACUCCAUCAUCCAAGGUUGUUGGUGAUUUGGCUCGGUUUAUGGUUCAGAAUAAACUUAGUCGCACUGACAUUGUGGAAAAGGCUAAGGAGUUAUCGUUUCCCAAAUCGCUUAUUGAGUACCUACAGGGCUAUAUUGGUAUUCCAUAUGGUGGCUUUCCAGAACCAUUUCGAUCUGAUGUUCUCAAAGAUAUGCCUCGCAUUGAUGAAAGACCAGGUAGUAAGAUUGAGCCAUUGGAUUUUGACAAGUUAAGGAAGGAACUAUUUAAAAUAUUUGGACAAGUUUCGGAAAGAGAUGUUAUGUCAACUGCUCUUUAUCCGGAAGUGACUAAGCAAUUUUUGAAAAACCGUCAAAAAUAUGGUUGUAUCGACAAGCUCGACACGCGUAUGUUCCUCGUGGGCCCCGAAAUGGGCGAAGAGUUCGAAGUAGUGCUAGAACGUGGCAAGGUAUUAUUCAUUAAGACGUUGGCCAUAGCCAACGAUCUCAGACCAAAUGGCACUCGCGAGGCGUUCUUUGAAAUGAACGGUGAAAUGCGUUCAGUCCACAUUGCUGACGUGGACGCUAUGAAGGUAAUGCGAGUGCAUCCAAAAGCCAGGAAUGAUGUAAAAGGUGAAGUGGGUGCCCCAAUGCCAGGCAAUGUUAUUGACAUACGUGUCAAAGAGGGCGACAAGGUCGAGAAGGGUCAGCCUCUGAUCGUGCUAUCGGCAAUGAAAAUGGAAACGGUCGUUCGAUCACCAGAUUCUGGUACUGUGAAAAAAAUAGAAGUCAAAAAGGGAAUGAAAUUGAAUGGCGAUGAUCUAAUCCUGGUACUUGAAUAAUCAAAUUCAGAUUAUUGAAAUUCAGAUGUUAAAAAAAUGUAUUGCCGUGACUUGCGUUCAUUAA